AUGGCGCCGACGAGGGCUGGGUUCAUGGAGACCACGGGAUUGGGAGGUCGCCGCCGGCGCCGGGUCAGGGCAUUCAUGUCUGCCGCCGAGGACCAGACUGGUGAUUCCCCAUGGCGCCUGCGUGGCGUUAAUUGUGGACAACGCCGGCUUGAAGACGCGGUGGCGCAGAAUUCUCGCCGGGAGGACGACGAACUGUCUUGGAUCGAGCAAAACUACCAGACCGAGCAAGAGAAAGAAGAGAGGCGGGCAGAUGCCAUCGCCAGACAAAAAGGGGCAGAAACUUCGGCUUCUUGCUUCUACUACGACCUAGAUGUGGCAUCUCUGCACGGUACGCCGACAGUGUCCGGCGAGCUGGACAAGACCACAGUCUUUGCAAAAGCAGUUGACGCACCUCGGCCACUCUGUUGGUAA